UUUUCCCUUUUGUUUUGGACACGAAUGAACGAAGAUUGUUACUAGUUGUUCUAUGGCUCUAUGGCAUGUUUCGUCUACUUUGAUCGAGGAAAGAUUUGGCGCCGACAGGUGGGCCUCGCGAGCAGGUAGCCGCACUCCUCCCACCCAUGGUAGGGGCUACUACAUGGCCGCGAACCUUAUCCUCUCCCUCCGUCCCGCUCUGCCGCGAUGCCAAGCUCCCACCCACGCCUCGGCUCCUCCGCGCGACACCGGGCCAUGCCCGUCCGACCACGGCGGCGGAUGACCACGGGCGCCGCGCCGAGCCGCCCGACGUCGUUCUGGACUGCAAGCGGCUGGACGGGCUGAUGAAGUCCGGGAGGCUGGCGGACGCCCUCGACCUGUUCGACCGGAUGCCCCGCAAGAACGUCGUGGCCUGGACCUCGGCCAUCUCCGGGUGCACGCGGAACGGCCGCCCCGGCGCGGCCGCGGCGAUGUUCGCGGCCAUGCUGGACUCCGGCGUCGCGCCCAACGACUUCGCGUGCAACGCGGCGCUGGCGGCGUGCGCGGCCGCGGGCGCGCUCGGCCUCGGGGAGCAGGUGCACUCGCUCGCCGUGCGGGCGGGCUUCGCGGGGGACGCCUGGAUCGGGAGCUGCCUCGUAGAGCUCUACUCGAGGUGCGGUUCCCUUCGGGCGGCCGAGGAGGUGUUCCGCCGGAUGGAGUCGCCGGACGUCGUGGGGUACACUUCGCUCGUCUCGGCGCUCUGCAGGAACGGUGAGUUCGCGCGGGCUGUGGAGCUGCUCUGUCAGAUGAUGAGGCAGGGGUUGCAGCCGAACGAGCACACGAUGACGAGCAUUCUGGCAGCGUGCCCGCGAGUUCUCGGUGAGCAGAUACAUGGGUACAUGGUCAAGGCAAUGGGUUUGCAGAGUGUCUAUGCAUCAAGUGCACUGAUCGAUCUCUAUUCAAGGAAUGGUGACUCUGACAUGGCAAAGUUAGUGUUUCAAAAACUCAACUCCAAGAACGUGGUGUCAUGGUGUUCCAUGAUGAAGCUGUGCCUUAGGGAUGGACGGUUGGAAGAUGCACUGCGAGUGUUCACCGAGAUGAUUUCAGAGGGCGUGGAGCCGAAUGAGUAUGCAUUCUCAAUUGCUCUUGGCGCUUGUGGAUCCGCUGGUCUGGGGCGUCAAAUUCACUGCUCAGCCAUCAAGCGCAACUUAAUGACAGAUAUUCGAGUAUCGAACGCUUUACUCUCCAUGUAUGGUAGAAGUGGUCUUGCAGAAGAACUCGAGGCUGUGCUUGACAAGAUUGAAAAUCCUGACCUUGUUAGCUGGACGGCUGCUAUUUCUGCCUACUUCCAGAAUGGUUUUGGUGAGAAGGCUGUAGCGUUGCUGUCUAAGAUGCACUCACAAGGUUUCACACCGAAUGACUAUGCCUUCUCUAGUGGUCUGAGUUCUUGUGCAGACCUGGCAUUGCUGGAUCAAGGAAUGCAGUUUCAUUGCCUGGCACUGAAAGUGGGGUGUGACUCCAAAAUCUGUACUGGGAAUGCACUGAUCAACAUGUACUCCAAGUGUGGUCAAAUUGGAUCUGCAAGGCUUGCGUUUGAUGUCAUGAAUCUUCAUGAUGUCACAUCUUGGAACUCACUGAUUCAUGGUUUCGCGCAGCAUGGAGAUGCAAACAUGGCACUGGAGGUAUUCAGUGAGAUGUGUUCCAGUGGUUGCAAGCCAGACGAUUCAACAUUUCUCGGAGUCUUGGUAGGGUGCAAUCAUGCAGGUCUGGUGAAGGAAGGGGAGAUAUUCUUCAAACUAAUGACCGAUCAAUACGGUAUCAUACCGACCCCUUCCCAUUAUGCAUGCAUGAUCGACAUGUUAGGUCGAAAUGGCAGAUUCGAUGAGGCACUGGGCAUGAUCGAAAAGAUGCCGUUCGAGCCUGAUGCGUUGAUUUGGAAGACGCUAUUAGCAUCGUGCAAGCUGCACAGGAAUCUGGAUAUGGGAAAGCUCGCCGCAGACAGGCUCAUGGAGCUCUCGGAGCUAGACUCUGCGAGCUACGUGCUGAUGUCGAACAUCUACGCGAUGCACGGAGAAUGGCAGGACGCCGGAAGGGUGCGGCGGAGGAUGGACGAAGCGGGGGUGAAGAAGGAAGCCGGGGAGAGCUGGAUUGAGGUGAAGAACGAGGUCCACGCCUUUGUUGCAAGAGACAUGUCUCAUCCAGACUCCGUGUCUAUCUAUCAGAUGCUUGCAGAGCUCUUGGAUGUGAUGCAAGAUACAGGCCUAGAUGUCCGUAUGCAGAUGUAGAUGUCAAAGAUUUCUGUGCAGUAGCAGAUUGUAGCAUGUCGUAGUUAGUAAAAAUGGUGGUCACGAUUGUUUUGCCAGCCAGCAUGUUAGCCUUUGCCUCCUUAGAGAAGAUAUUUUAUAGUCUUCAUGGAGGAAUGCCUUUGAACUUUUGUAGAACAUGUGUAUACUGUUAGUGUCUGAAGAAGGGUCAUCAUCACUUGUACUCCCUAGCUUGAAUUGCCUUGCAAUGCUAAUGAAGAGAUAGACUCUGUUUGUCCA